AUGUCUUCACCUCCGCUUCAAGGAGAGUUGGUGCCACAUCCUGGGUUUUCGCCGUUUUGCGCGCCCAAUGCGGCUACCGCCUUCCAUGGCGGCUACGGAUCCCUGGGUGCUGGGGUGCCCGGAAAUCCUUAUGCGUUUCCGGGAGUAUUCUACCAUUCAAUGGACAUCAACCGCGCUUACGCAAUGCGGAUGAUGGAGGAGUUGCAACGCCGGGAGCAGCCACAGAAGCCGCCGUACAGCUAUAUCGCACUCAUCGCCAUGGCCAUCAAGAGCGCACCUGACCGGAAGAUCACUUUGAACGGCAUUUACCAGUUUAUCAUGGAGCGUUUCCCGUAUUACCACGAUAACAAACAAGGCUGGCAGAACAGUAUCCGGCACAACCUCAGUUUGAAUGACUGUUUUGUGAAAGUUUCGAGGGAAAAGGGGAAACCAGGAAAAGGGAACUACUGGACGCUGGACACCAACUGCGAGGAGAUGUUUGAAAAGGGUAACUACCGCAGACGCAAAAGGAGGGUUAAAAUUCCAAUGAAGGAUGCUCAAGGAAAUGACAUUAAUGACGGAAAAUAUGAAACUGUUGGUGAUGAUGGAUCGGACGUUGAUUCCCUUGAUGAACUGAAUGUAACUUCAGGAGAUGAAGAUGAAAAAGACUCAAGGAAGAAGGACGUGUCCGCAGUGUCUUCUGUGAAUGAUAGUGGAAUAGCUGUUGGUGGAAGCAGCGCAUCGGAGGACGAACAUUCGAGGGAUUCAACUGAUGUUGCAUUAUGUUUUAAAAAUAGAUAUGACUGUGAUAGGGCGAUAGACGAUGGAAAACAAGCCGUUGGGCCUGAUCUUCCUGUGCGGAGUCAUUUCGGCGGAAUUAAACGAAAACUUUUCACUAUUGACAGUAUUAUGGGUGUUGACAGAAACGAUUGCAAAGAAAAUUCAGCAAAUGAAUUUAAUUUCAAAACCACAGAAAAUUCUGCAGAAAAUGGGAUCGAGCGCCCAGCCAAAAGACAGAAAACCGAUAUAUAUGACAAAAUUCCGAGCCCGCCUCCAAAAAUUAUAGACCUGAAGGGCGGAAACAUGAGCACUCUUCAAUUGUCGCUGGCCAGCGGUCUCUAUGGCAUGGGAUUACAGCAGAUGUACGCCAACAUUCCCUCGCCUUACAGCCUCGCCCCUCAGAUGUGGGCUUCCGGAUUCCCCGCGGCCGCCUCAUCGGCGGCGGCCAUGCACGACCUCCUGUUUCAGCAGGGAUCACGGCAGCUCGUUGGAGGAUUUCCCGGAAGAAGAAGCAGCUUGUCGCCAAGCGACAGUCUGGAUUCGCCACGCGCUUUGCACGUGCAAACCGCGCCUCUGCACUCCACACCUCGAAUCCAGUAAAAUUCGUAGUUCUUGUCUAAGAGUGUGUAUCGUCCUUGCUAUUAUUAUAACUGAUACAUGUUCACAAAUAAUUGUGUGUUUCUAAACAGUAUCUGUUUUUCGUUACGUUUAACUCUUUUUAUGACUUCUUUAAUUGAAAAGCUAGUUAGAGGACAUUUAAUAUGACGCUGUCACUGCCAAAAAAAUAAUAAUAAG